UAAGAUGAACAAUAGAAUUCACCACAUGUAAAAAAAAAUACGUUAGAAUAGGACUAAAUACGAUUAACUAAAUAGUAUUGCUAUAUUUUGUGACGCUUUGCCAUCAGUGACACGUUGUAUGCUCUGUAUUAUUUGAACAUUGAAAAGUACAUGAGAAUUGUGAGCCUAAAUCACGUGCUGUCCUUGAACGCCUCCGCAGCAGCAGCAGCCUGCCUUACAUUGUUAACGCUCGUUCCUGCUGUUCAUUCCAGCAUUUUGUCUUCCGUGAUCCAAACCCGGAUCACGGGCUCCUCUCCACGCCUCAAAUCUCGACUACACCUGGGAGGGAGAAACUGCGCGACAAACUCCCUGGACAUGAGGAGGUCCGUUGGCCGGAGCCCUGCCCCGUCAGGAGGCUCCUGGUAGAGAUGGUAGUGCGGUGAAGAGCCGGUGAUUCAGGAGCUUCUUUCUUCAGCAGCCUGAGCUGUGUGGGAAAAAACGCCGAAGACAUAGUGAAGUGCCUGCGCAACAUGACUGUUUUUAACCAGGAAAAUGUGGAGGAGUUUUACGAAUUUGGCGAAGAGCUGGGAAGUGGCCAGUUUGCUGUGGUCAGGAGAUGUCGACACAGGAGUACGGGUGUGGAGUACGCUGCCAAAUUCAUCAAGAAGCGGCGCAGCAAGUCGAGCCGCCGAGGGGUGAUGAGGGAGGACAUCGAGCGUGAGGUGAACAUCCUGAAGGAGAUCCAACACCCCAACAUCAUCAUGCUGCACGAGGUCUACGAAAACAAGGCAGAAGUCAUCCUCAUCCUGGAGCUGGUGGCUGGUGGGGAACUGUUUGACUUCCUGGCCGAGAAGGAGUCGCUGAGUGAGGAAGAAGCCACUCAGUUCCUCAAGCAGAUCCUGGACGGAGUUUUCUACCUGCACUCCAAACAAAUCGCACACUUUGACCUUAAGCCAGAGAACAUCAUGCUGCUUAACCGCUCAGUGCCUCACCCACGCAUCAAGAUCAUUGACUUUGGCCUGGCCCACAAGAUGGAUUUUAGCAACGAUUUUAAAAACAUCUUUGGAACUCCGGAAUUUGUAGCUCCAGAGGUAGUCAACUAUGAACCUUUGGGCCUGGAGGCUGACAUGUGGAGUAUCGGUGUGAUAACGUACAUUCUUUUGAGCGGCGCCUCUCCUUUCCUGGGCGACAACAAACAGGAGACACUGGCCAACGUGUCGGCCAUGGACUACACAUUUGAAGACGAGUUUUUCAACAACACCAGCUUCCUGGCCAAAGACUUCAUAGCGAAGCUUCUUGUUAAAGAUCCCAAAAAGAGAAUGACGAUUCAGGACAGCUUCCUGCACCCCUGGAUCAAGCCAAAAGACACCCUGCAGGCUCUGAGCAGAAAGGAGUCUGCUGUCAACAUGGAGAAGUUCAAGACGUUUGCAGCUCGAAGGAAGUGGAAGCAAUCAGUGCGUCUCAUCUCCUUAUGCAACCGUCUGUCACGCUCCUUCCUGUCUAGAAGCAACAUCAGUGUGACCCGCAGCGAUGACGCUCUGGACGAGGAAGACUCCUUUGUGAUGAAGGCCAUCAUCCACGCCAUCAACGAUGACAAUGUACCCGGUCUGCAGCAUCUGCUGGGCUCUUUGAACAGUUACGACGUCAACCAGCCCAACAAGCAUGGCACUCCUCCGCUGCUGAUUGCGGCCGGUUGUGGCAACAUUCAAAUCAUUGAGGUGCUGAUGAGGAAAGGUGCAGAGAUCCAGGCCCAGGACAAGAGCGGUGCCAACGCUAUCUACUACGCGGCCAGACACGGCCACGUGGAGACCCUGAAAUUCCUCCACGAGAAGAAGUGUCCUCUGGACGUACAAGAUAAGUGUGGAGAGACGGCGCUUCACGUGGCGGCCCGUUACGGUAACGUGGACGUGGUGAACUAUCUGUGCAGCAUCAGGGCCAACCCAGACGUGCCUGACAGGGAACAUGAGACACCGUUGCACUGUGCUGCCUGGCACGGAUACUCGGCCGUGGCCCGAGCCCUCUGCCAGGUCGGCUGCCACGUGGAUGUGAAGAACCGUGAAGGUGAGAGUCCUCUGCUGACGGCGUCUGCUCGAGGGUUUGUUGACAUCGUGGAGUGUCUGCUGGAUCACAAGGCUAACAUAGAAGCCACAGACAAGGACGGCCACUCUGCCCUCCAUCUGGCUGUACGGAGGUGUCAAGUUGAAGUCGUCCACUGUCUCCUCAGACGUUGUUGCUGCGUGGACCAUCAAGAUCGCCACGGUAACUCACCCCUGCACAUCGCCUGUAAGGACGGAAACCUCCCCAUCGUCAUGGCGAUCUGCAACGCCAAAGCCAGCCUGGACCUGGCCAACAAGUAUGGCAGAACCCCCCUCCACCUGGCUGCUAACAACGGGAGUCUGGAGGUGGUCCGUCAUCUCUGUCUGUCCGGCGCCAGCAUUGAUGUCGUCACAAACGAUGGAAAAACAGCCGAGGAUUUGGCGUCCGCUGAUCAACACGAGGACAUUGUGUCGUUGUUGCUGAAGCUCAAAAAGGACAACCACAGAGUGAACUACAUCCAGCAGCUGCGACCCACACAGACCCCUCAGCCCAGGAUUAAGCUAAAACUCUUCGGACACUCUGGAGCCGGAAAGAGCACCCUGCUGGAAUCUCUGAAAUGUGGCAUCCUGCGCAGCUUCUUCAGGAGGAGGAGGACCCGGAUUCCCAACGCGGCCCGUCACCCCAGCUCCCCCGUCAACUCCAAACCUGCAGUGUCAGUGAGUAUUUCCAACCUGUACCCAGGCUGUGAGAACGUAAGUGUGCGGAGCCGCAGCAUGAUGUUUGAGCCCAGCCUCACCAAAGGUGUCCUGGAGGUCUUCUCCCCCGUCCACAGCGCUCUGUCCACGGCUGACGAACUGGCCACGAAGGCCAUCGACAUCCAACACACAAACAUCAACGGUGUGGGGGACUUCAUCGUUUGGGAGUUUUCGGGAAACCCCGUCUACUACUGCUCCUAUGACUACUUUGCAGCCAACGACCUCACAGCCAUUCAUCUGGUUCUGUUCAGCCUGGAGGAGCCGUACGAGACCCAGCUGAGCCACAUCACCUACUGGUUGAACCUCCUGAAGGCUAUCACCCUGCCACAAGACAACAUCGUUUUCGGAGGUCGCAUGCAGCACCCUCUUGUGGUCGUCCUUGUGGCCACACACGCUGACCUUGCUGAUGUUCCCAGAUCUUUCUCUGGAGACUUUGCCUACGACAAAGAGAAAGUGCUGCUCAAGGAAGUCAGAAACAGGUUUGGGAACGACCUGCUGAUUAGUGAGAAGUUAUUUGUGAUGGACGCCGGAGCGCCAAACUCCAAAGACAUGAAGCUGCUGAGGACUCAGCUACAGGAGCUUCGCACCAACAUCCUCUCUACUUGUAGUCCCAUGACGCUGCUGUCGGAGCGUUUGCUGACCACACUGCCAACAUGGAGGAAGCUGAGUGGACCCAACCAGCUGACAUCAUGGCAGCAGUUUGUGAAUGACGUCCAGGAGCACAUCAACCCUCUGGUCAGCCAGGACCACCUGCGCACACUGGCCCUGCAGCUCCACAGCAUGGGGGAGAUCAACAUCAUGCAGAGUGAGACGGUGCAGGACGUGGUUCUACUGGAUCCUCGUUGGCUCUGCAGCAACAUCCUUGGCAAACUGCUCUCUGUUGAGACACCUAAGGCCAUCCACCACUACAGGGGGCGCUACAGGCUGGAAGAGGUGCAGGCUCUGGCCCCUGAGAGCGACGUGGACGAACUGCUGCAGAUUUUGGACGCCAUGGACAUCUGCGCCCGUGAUGUCACUAACCCCUCGAUGGUGGACGUCCCCGCUCUCAUCAAGACGAACGGCCUUAACCACUCCUGGACCGAUGACGACGAGGAGGAAGCCUCCAUCUUUGGCGGCGUGCGGCUCGUCCCCGCGGAGCACCUCACGCCUUUUCCCUGCGGCCUGUUUCACAAGCUGCAGGUGAACCUGUGUCGCUGGAGCCACCAGCAGAAGCCCGAGGAGGACGGCGGCGAAGACGGCGAUGGAGACAUUCACCUGUGGAUGAACGGAGCCAAGGUGAGUCAGGCCGGGGUGGAGGCCAUCAUCCUGCUGGUCAACCACGGCCAGGGGAUGGAGAUCCAGGUGCGAGGACACGACCCAGAGCGGGCCAAGUGCUACACCCUGCUGGACACCAUCUGCAGUAUAACAGAGAACCUUCUGGCCUCCACACUUCCUGGACUGCUCACCGCCAAAUACUAUCUAAGUCCUCAGCAGCUGAGGCAGCACCACACCCCCAUCAUGGUCUACCAACCCAAAGAUUUCUUUAGGGCCCAGAUCCAGAGGGAGACCUCUCUCACCAACACCAUGGGCGGCUACAGAGAGAGCUUCAGCAGCAUUCUGACGUUUGGCUGCGCUGAGGUUUACCAGCAGGGCAUUCUGGGUACUGACAUCCACAUAUCCGACGUCCCACUCUUAGCCCGCAGGAAGCUCUGCCGCAUGUUGGACCCACCUGACGCCCUGGGGAAAGAUUGGUGUCUGCUGGCCAUGAACCUGGGACUCACCGAUUUAGUGGCCAAACACAGCAAUGGGACUUCAAACUGCACUGACUUGGACCCCCAGCAGGCCGCGCUGCAGCCCAGCCCCACAGCGGCCUUGCUGCAGGAGUGGAGCCAGCACGCCGAGAGCACGGUGGGCGUGCUGAUGUCCAAACUGAGGGAGCUGGGCCGCAGGGACGUGGCUGACUUUUUACUCAAAGCCUCCCCUGUUUUCAGGGUCAGCAUGGAAGCGCUGGGUUUGGGCGCAGCCGCCAACAGUUACCCCCCCUCCGCCUGCAACGGGGGCACGUCGUACAACUCCAUCAGCUCUUUCAUAUCUCGCUGAGGCCAACAGGGUUCUUCUUUGUCUUUGUCUCUGCCUGACACCUGCGCUAGUGAGACAGUGUUGUUGUUGUCUGAGCCACCUGUCCUCUGACUGUCCUGCACAUCUGGACAGGCGACCCCUCCCUCCACACUGAACGUCCUGAGCUCCGAAGACAAACGUGUGCUUUUCCCUUGACCUUGAUAUUGUCGUGCUGCUUUUUCAAAUAUUCCCACUCAGUCUCAUUCUGUCACAGUCAGAAACCAGUCAUCUUAAUUAUCUCUAGUAUUACCCAGAGGGGGGUGAAAGGACGGAUGUGUCUAUCAUUCCACCACCGAUGCCGCUGGGCCGCCCUACGAGGGACAGGAGAGGAAAACUUUCUUCUGUCCCUCGUAGGGUGGCGCGGUGGCAUGAGUAGUGAAUCGUCACAGUUUCCCAGAGUGCCUUUGAGGCCGUCUACCUCCCUGCAGAGCACAAACGAAAAAAGUCGUUCUUGAACAACUGUGCCUUGUUGACGUGGAUAAUUCAAAAAGAAAAAGAAAAAAUAAUUCAACCUAAAUAAAGAAAAGAUCAGCUCAUUUUAUUUUCUCUUUUAAAAUAAGAACCAAACCCAAACAAGGAUAAAAAUCCGAUCCUUGGAUUUCUGCCGUGUCAGCGUUUGAUCUCCUGGACGCUCCGUGGACGAAGGAUUUUCAUUUCCAUCCGAGGCGUCAGUGCAGCUGCGGCCCAUCACUCGACUCAGCAACCGUUACUCUGAUGAAACUGUAUUUUACAGGCUUGUUUGUUAUCUUUUUAAAGAGUGGGGGGGCGUGGAUCUGUUACAAGGCCGUGUAGCAAAGAAAAUUAUUUUCAGUUGUUUGUCAGUUUUCAAAAAGUGUUUUGAGACAGUGGCUGUGAGUAUGUCCAUGUGGGGGGCUCAAAAGGAGGAAACUGUAGAAGAACGAAAUAAUCUAAUGAUUAUGAAAUAUUACAGUUCAGUUUUCAAACACUGGUAUACAUUUUGACAAAGAUAUUAAUGUGAUAAAUAUAUUCGUCUGCUUUACAUUUUUCUAGCUCUGGUUUACUGUUAAUAAAAGUACAAAAUGACUCAAAUUUAGAGCCCUAAAAAGAGCCCUUGUAAAUGGAGAAUAUAAGUUGAUCAAAGAUUUUUAAAAAUUCAUCAGUUCACUAAAAAUUAAGCUCAAAUAUAAGUGAGUGAACAAACAGACAUUUUUUGUAACUAACAAAUGUAUCAACGAUACAAAGGAGCCUGUAAGAUAAAGGUCUGGCUUUAAAAGUGUUCUUCAUUAAAGGAACAGUUGCUGUUUUACAUUAAACAGUUUUUAGUCCCAAAUAUAACUGCUGUAAAGUUUACAAAAGAUUGAAAUAAAUUCUGGUGUUUUUUAAAAUCCCAGGGUCCAACUGAGAAUCCAGACUAUGGCCUUGCUCUGCUCCCAGAUCAUUUACUGAUCAUUGGACUUUUGUAUUUGGAAGGAUUUCUAACCUUUUUUACCAAACUCCAGGCCGUCAGUUCACACUCCUAACCCUGCACUUUUUCGGCUUCCCCUCAAGUCAUAACCAUCAUAAGCUUCGCAGCAUUGACGCAGCUGCUCGGUGGCGUCUGACUCCAGCAUUCUUCAUCCAGUGUCGCUCAAUCUUGCUGGUCAGCGUUGUGUAGCGUCACAUCUUCUUUCGCUUUGUCUUUUAAGAAACAGCAAAACUAAAACAGUAGCUUCAAUAAACGAUAUGUUGGGGGUUUUUUUUCUUUUUUUUUUUUUUCUGACAAAAAUGCCAAAGCAUUUUCACCCAGUGCUGGUGAUUUAUGACCAUUUGGAAACACAGCUAACGUUUUUCUCCCAGCUUUGAGAGUAUUGUACUGCUGAUGUUGCUGUUAGUUUUUUUUUUUCAACACAAAAGUGGAGCUGUGUGCUCAGUGCAGUAUUUCCUGUCAUUCCCCUCUUCCUCCAGUGUUACCAAGUGUCGGCAGAGAUUAAAACACAGUACUUUAACUACUAUAUAAAAAUACUCUCUCUGUCGCUCACUGGUUUUGUCUUUGCUCCAACUUGCCAACAAACACUAGCCAAACGCUAGCUGUGAUGUAAAUAAUCCCACACCAUGAGUUAAUGAUGUCAUUUUCUUUUUUAUAUUAUUUUCAGAUCACUUUAACUUUUUUUUUUGUGCUAUAACCAGAAGGCAAAAUGAAUGUACUUCACACUGUCCUAAGAUCACUGCAAAACUAAACAGAAGAAAAAAAAAUCAAGAGUGCGAGAAAACAGUGUAUCUCAAAAUUGUCUUAAAAAGAAAAAGUCUUUUUGGUUGCUUCACUGUGUUUGUUGAUGCUGUAUCGUUGUUGCCAAUGGUGUGUGUGUGUGUGUGAAACACACUCGCACUCUGUGAUUCUGUGAUUGCCUUGUAGAGUACACAAGCUGAAAACACUCCCACAAAGGGACGUGAACGUCGGUGUUUCCACUUUAUUUGUUGUCAUAAAAAAGAUAAAAUCCACACCUUUUGUAAAUGCUUACAAAAACAACAACGCUCUGAGAGUCUGGUUUUUUUGUUUUGUUUUGUUUUUUUUCACAGUGUGUGCGAGAUCUCACUCUGUUUGUGUAGAAAUGACAAGAUACUCAGCAGCGUUCCUGCGUGAAAUUUCCUCUCAGAGAAUCUCAGCCACACUUUGCACACUUUGUCCACGUAUGUCUAUGAAGAUUCUCAGUCAUCCAGGUCAUGGUCAAGGUUGAAAAGUUUUGUUAGGCAAAAAGAAAGUUCUUUUAGAAAUGUCACGUCCAAUUGCCUAACAAAUUUUUUUAAGAUUUUGUCCACGUAUGUUUUUAUUUAUGUUACAUUCUCAUAGCAUGUCUCGUGACGCCGUGGUUGUUCGUACUUAAACGUGGAAAACAUUUUCUAAUAAAUUCUUGACCUAA